AUGCCGAAAAAAGGCAAAGGUAAAGGAAAAGGCAAAGGCAAAGGCAAAAAAGGAAAGAAAAGUAAGAAAGCUAUCAAAGAAGAAGCUGCCAUUAAAGAUGGUAUUCACAAUUCCAAUCUGUGGGAAGCUCAACUUCAUCUCACCGAACUAUCGAAAAGACAUUAUCGUGAUAUUGCCAAUAACAUAGCGUAUGAAAAUGAAGCCUUACGUGAUGAUAUGCGUGAAACUGAAAAAGAGACGAUUGAAGUUGUGACGCAUCUGAAGAAGCAAGAUGCGGAAAAAGAUGCUGAAAUCGAUCGUUUACAACAAGAAGUUCAAUUUAUCAAAAUGGAACAUCGAAAGAAUAAGGAUGAAUUAGUCGCUCAUUUCACACGUCAGAAACGUAAAUUAGAUGAAAAGAUUUCUCGAAAAGAAGGCGAACUUGAAGCAGCCCGGCACGAAUUGAAUAGCGUUCAAGAUCUUCGCAAACGAAAAACACAAAUGCAAAAAGAACUUGAAGAUAUCAAAGAUGCCACAUUCAUCAACGAACGAGAACAUAAUGAAGCGUUACAAAGAUUAGAACAGAAAUAUUUUGAAGAAAGAAUACGACUUCAACAAGAAUCAAACGAGAAAAUCGAAGAAAUCGCUGCACGAGCACACGACGAAGCUUUGAAAAGUUUAGCUGAAACCAGCCGCAAUGUUUAUCGAGAAAACGGAGAAUUAAUCGAAACUAUUCGAGUAUAUCAACAAGAAUUUAUUCAAGUACAAAAGACAAAAGAUCAGUUAACACGUUUGAUCUCUCGAGCAACCGGUGAUAAAGAAUUGAAUGAGAUCUUAAUUCAAGAAAAGGUUGAACAGAUUCAAAAGCAAAAUCAAACAAUUAAAGAAUUAAAAGAAAAGAUUCAUGUGUUGGAAACCGCCUUAACCCAGUUUAUCGAUGAAUUCGGUGUUGAACGAGAGCAGAUAGUUGAAAAGUCCCAUAUUCUCCAUGAAUCUUCACGAAAUGAAAUCGUCAAAUUGCAAAGAAAUUUAGAAACCAAAACUAAGGAGAUGGUCAAAGUGAAAAAAUUAGCGAAGAUCAUCAUCGACCAACGUUCUGAGUUAGAAACGUUCUUUCUGGAUGCUUUACAACACGUGAAAAAGCAGAUUGAAUUUAAUCGAACACAAUACAAAAAAGAUGCAUUUAAUGCGUAUCAAAACCGAAUGUUGAACGCUCAUCAUGGACAUGGAGAUUAUCCAAAGAUUCGAACGUUCAAUGAAACAUUCCCAGGUUGCAGCACAAACAGUGUAUAUCAUGAUCUAGAGGAAGCGACGAAAUGGACAAAUCUUAGUCCGGAAGUGGAUUUUGGUGACCUAACGUGGGAACAAAAAGAACAAGUCUUACGAACAUUAUUCUUACGAAUGAAUACCCGCAAAUCAAAUCCACCGAGUCUAUCAAUGCAGAACACUCAAGUGGACAUUGGUGAACAUCCGAUGAACUCUGACCGUGAUUAUGCAAAUAAUGUUUUCGUCACUCAGACAGCGCGUUCGACACCGAACAAAGCAUUAUCAGAAUCUCGAAAUAGUACAAAUACAGCGAAAGCACCGAAAUUGCCACAAAUUGCUUCAACGCCAUCAACUUAA